AUGGUAACAGACCUCAGCCUGGAUACAGAUCCUAUCAGUUUGAUGGGGAAUCGCCACGAAAUUUUCCUCCAGUAUCCUCUACUCCGCGAUGAUCCUACAAAGACGGUCGAAGUUGCUAGUCUGGAAGCGCAGCGCAAGCCUAAUAAGCUGCCUUUCAUUAGACACACUCUUGAAUGUGCCCAGUAUCUUCGCCAGAGGAAACAAUAUGUGUCAGAUGAACUCACCUGGCAUACCAUUACACUGCAACAGCUAGCGGAGGAAGUGAAUGAAAUGUACAAAUUCGAGAAGAUUUUGGGUGACCUCCAAACUUUGCUCGCCCAUGUAAACGACUUCCAGGGUCGACUUGACCGAUGGAAAAAGGAUAUACCCUCCAACGUCAACAACACAGGUCUGCUUGAAUUGCGAUAUCACGCCGUCAGAGUUAUGGUAUAUGAAGUCGGCCUCGUCCAUCGUUUCGGAAGAAAGAGGACCUCACCCACCACAACACAAUUCCAGGGUCCUUCCGCCGAAGCUGAUUCAUUGAUGCCUACUUUCCAGGGCUGUCUCAAUGCUGCUAAAGAUUAUCUCGACUGUUUUUUGGCCACCCCUAAUUCGCCUCAGCGACAUCUCCCAUUCGAAGAGUGGACUCGACUUACGCUGGCACUUUUUGUGACAUAUAGAUUCUCGGUCGGCAUUCCAGAGGUCCCUCAGUGGAACCCAGAAAUGGCUCGAACAACAUGCGACCUGGAAAAUUACUUGACACGUCUACUCGGUUGUCUCGAAUCACCAACCAGACCUACCACCAAUGGCAUUGUUACCAUGUUCCACAUCUUCCCCGGUAUCCUUGAGAGCGUCAAAGUGGCUUACAGCCUAGUAUGUGAGCAUCCUCUCAUGUUCCAACAGGGUAUAAAAGCACAUGAUUUAGGUCCUGAUGCAGCCAUCACAUCAGAAAUAUCGACACAAUCCCAUGCUCGGUGUCCUGGUUUUCAACACUUGGCGCGACCAGCGAACGAUUAUGUGGCAGAAGACGACCGUGUUUUUGCGAAGGAAGUCGCAGCCGACAUCCGGGCUAUUCAAGAGCGAUCACUCCAGUGA